AUGGAGAGCCUGGGAUCAGAGUAUUUCCAGCUUGAGUCACAUACUGGUAUCCUCCGUAUUAAAGAGAGCCCAUCAAUGUCGAUUGACCGAAGCGAAGCAGAAUUACUUUGGCGUCUUGGUGCAAAUGAUACUGGAGGUUAUGAUACAAGUGACUUGUCUAUCCACAGUUCUUCUACCUCCUACGUUCUUAAUAUUGAAGCCGUCGAUUCCGCUAAUCCCCCCCACCGGACUCGAACCAAUCUCACCGUGUUCCCUCGUCUUCUUACCACCUGGGAAGAUUACCAACUACAAAAGCAACAAUCUGAUCCAAAGCAACUAUCAGUUUUUCCGCGUGACGGCCUCGACGUCUACCUAGAAGAACACUUUGUCUCGGAUUCACCUCUUCGCCUGGGCCAGUUAACCGUCAAAUAG